UUUUUUAUCUUUGUUUAAGAGAAAAGCAUAAAUUGCAGGAUAAGUCUGUCAAGUCCAAUUUUUAGAUAUAUAUAUAUAUAUAUAAUUUUUUCUUGGUAUGCUUUUCGUUAUCAGUAAAUUUAAGCACUUGAAAUUAUUUGUAGAUGAUCAAUCAAUAAUUUCUCCUUUCGACGACUAAUUCAGAAAAUAUGGCUUUGUUUGAUAUUUCCAUAGGGUUUCAAACUCGUGGGUUGAAUAAAUUUAAAAAUAUUCGAUUAGUUUUAGCAACAAUCAAAUUUACUAGCGUUUUCCUAAUGUAAUCAGCUCCAAAUUCAUGCUUGUUUUUUUUAUUUGUGAUGCAUGAGAUAAUCAUAGUAGGAAUGUCUCGCUGUUUCAUUUGUCUGAUAUUUUAAAAGCUUCUUUGAUUGUGAGGUUAGUGUUGGUAUAAUUGGAAUUUCAAUGAAGGAAUUCCCAGUAAAGCAUCACGAAUUGUCAUUUCUAUGAAGGGUUCUCCUCAUUUUUUUUGUUUCUCUUUAUACAGAAAGAUGAUAGUCAACAAGGAGAAAGUUGGGUUAGAAAGUUCUAGCAUUAGUUGCUGCAAAAUUGAAAUUUGUUGUCCAAACUCGAUUAGAACAGUCAAUGAGUCUCAUCAUAUCAAAGUACAUGCUGUUACUCAUUCCUUUCCUUCUACCAUAAUCUCUUGUAUAGAAAGUGUGCCUCAAGAUGAUCAUAUUUCCCGGAUCGAAAUCGCCAACCCAGAAGAUGGAAAAUCUAACUCAUGUACAGAUGCUUCAUCAUCUGUGGUCCUGCGAGAUGUACAUAUAUCAGCACAAUUGAUGGAGGAUUUCCUUGAGCUUGCUAAGGGGAAUACAGAAAAGGAUUUAGAGACUUGUGGCAUUCUUGGUGCCUCUCUUAAAAAGAAUCGAUUCUAUGUAACCACUCUGAUCAUACCAAAACAGGAAUGCACUUCCAGUUCUUGUCAAGCUUCAAAUGAGGAGGAAGUUUUCACUAUACAAAAUGAAUAUUCGUUGUUUCCUGUGGGAUGGAUCCAUACGCAUCCCACGCAAAGUUGUUUUAUGUCAUCCGUAGACUUACAUACUCACUACUCAUAUCAGGUAAUGGUGCCUGAGGCUUUUGCUGUUGUCAUGGCUCCUACAGAUACCGAAAGGAGCUAUGGAAUAUUUCGGCUAACUGAACCUGGUGGGAUGACUGUACUGAAAGAAUGCCAAGAGGAAGGAUUUCAUCCUCACAAGGAAACAUCAGAUGGCAGUUCCAUAUACGAGCACUGCACCAAUGUGUACAAGAAUUCGAAUUUGAGGUUCGAAAUUUUCGAUUUGCGUUGAUUUUGUGCAUAGAUGAUGAAUAAACAAAAUGCUACUCAAAAGGGCAGGGACCCUAGUUGACCUUAACUUAUAAGGCCUUGGUGUAAUAAGGUUUGCAGUAUAUACAAUAUGUGCAAUUGUGAGAAUACUUUUUUGCCCUAUGUGGUAGGUUUAAUCUUCUUAAAGAAAAUAAACUCUGUAAUAUUGUUGCAUUAAUAUCAAGUACAUUAUAGUCUUUGAAAACAACA